AUGGACAGUCGUUAUGACCUCUCUGUUCCUCUGCUGACCUGUGAGAACUGCCACUGCCAGUGGACACCACAGAUCAAAGAUUUGAUCUCAAAUGGAUACUGGCCUGGAACAAUUGAAUUCCACACAGUUUUUUCCAUCGAUCUUUUUGCCACAUAUGAAGAUCUCAAAAUCAGUGCACCUGAGGCCAGACUGGAUGAAGAGGGAAUGAUGACAUCUGUCUGCAGACACUGCAUUCUAUUUAGUGGCCUCAACAUGUUUCGUGGGGAAAUCUUUGCCUACCCUCUCUACCUACAGCAAGAUCUUGGAAAAGAACACAAGAUUGAGUUUGUUUGCACUGACGUCAUGUGUAAAUACUACCCAUAUAUACAGAGGGUAGUUGAGUCCUUUCCAGAACUGCAGUAUGUCCUGCAAAUGCGGCCAUUUCUGUCAGUGAUGCAUGCGAAAGGUCACUCGACAAAAUGCGAGGUGGAGUGGAGUGGUCGCAACCAGGAAGGGGCAGGUUUGACAGUUGGAGAGGAAGUGGAGGCUGUCAAUUCAUACCUCUCUCGUGUGGCAACGACCACAAAAUACAUGUCCAAAGCAAGACGUACUGACAUGAUAACGAUACAUGCUCGUGGAUGGAACUUGAGGAAGAAGCAGAACUUGCACAGAUACCUGUCUCAACGAUAUGUGAAGACCAAGAAAAGGACUGAUGAAAUGGACAAGGACAUUCAAAAUCUGCAAACAAAACUGCAGACAACAGAGGAAGGAAUGAAGCAGUGGGUGAAGGAGGUUGAGGAGUGGGCUGCAUCAAGUCUAAAGUCCACCAACUGCCAGGAUCAACAGGGGCUGCAGCGGGUCAUGGAGGGCCUCGCCCUCAAAAUCAAACAGCGGAAAAUUGAGCUGUACAGAACCAUAGACAAUAACAAAGACCGCAAGCCCAAACGGGAUAUCAUUGCAAAGAACAAGCGGAAACUGGAGGAGGCGAUUGCAGCUUACAACAACCUUGUGCCAGACACAGAGGCUGUUGAUACAGCAGAUGCAGUCCUAAGUCAAGACUUCCCUAUUUGGCCAUGGGAUUCUGCAUCCACCGUCCCCCUCGAGACAAAGAAAAUGGCCUUUGACAAAGUCAUGCUGCUCUCUCGACUUCGAGAAGAGGAUGGGAUUCUCAUCAAAGAGAUGAAGAACCAUUGCCGCUACCUGACAGGAUCUUCAAGAGCUGUGCAAAGAGAGAUCCAGCAGAUUGAGAAGGACCUGUGUAAACAGAGCUGUCCUUUUACCAUGUCCUUGGAAACAUAUGAGGGGCUGAAGGAUUUAUUGAAAAAAAGGCUCCAGGAGAUGGAAAAACAAAUGGAGGAGUCCUUCAGCACAUACAGGAAUGUUUUGAUGGACCCCACUGCCCUACAGGAGGAAGACAAUGAAGGAGAGGAGGAAGUGUGGGAUGGGGAGAUCUGUCUCACCCUUGAUGACACUGACUCCUCUGAUGAUGAGAAGCAAGAUUGAUACAUCCAUGAUGAGCCCUUUUGAGCACCACUCCU